AUGAGCAUCCAGACCAUCCGUAACGUGUUCAGCGUGGACACCGUCUACCGUCUGUCUGACGAUCAGAUGGUCAAUCACUUCCCCAACCACUACGAGCUGACCAGGAAGGACCUGAUGAUCAAGAACAUGAAGCGCUACAGGAAGGAACUGGCGAAGGAGGCCAGUCCUUUAGAGGAGAAGGACGAAAACGGGAAGUACCUCUACCUAGAGUUUGUGCCGGUGAUGUUCAUGCUGCCAGCUGACUAUAACCUGUUCGUGGAGGAGUUUCGCAAGAGUCCGUCCAGCACGUGGAUCAUGAAGCCGUGUGGGAAGGCGCAGGGCAAAGGCAUCUUCCUCAUCAACAAGCUCUCUCAGAUCAAGAAGUGGUCUCGCGACAGCCGCACCUCCACGUUUGUGACGGUCAACAGCGGGAAGGAGGCCUAUGUCAUCUCCCUGUACAUCGAUAACCCACUGCUGAUCGGAGGGAAGAAGUUCGACCUGCGGCUCUAUGUGCUGGUCACCAGCUACAGGCCGCUGAAGUGCUACAUGUGAGUAUUUCCAUCA